UUCAAAUCUAUUAUAUAUUCAUUGAUUUUACUUCACUACAACUUAUUGUCAAAGUGCUAAAGAAGCAUAUUAAAGACCCCCUUUUUGUUCUAUAUCAAAAUGAGUGGUAACGAAACAGGUUUACCUGCUGAUUGGAUCCUUCUUAAAUCAAGAUCUCACAAUCGCCAUUACUUCCACAAUCCAACUACCAAACAAUCAGUUUGGGAUGCUCCUGAUGGAACUGAUGUUGAAAUGCUAAAAAGAUACCUCGCAGACCAAUCCCAUAAAUCUUCAUCCUCUAGUCAUAGUCAUAAUCAUGGUGGUUCUCAUGGCCAUCGUCGACAUAGCCAGGGCGAAAGAAUCAGAUGCAACCAUUUGUUAAUCAAACAUAGAGAUUCGAGAAAUCCCAAAUCUUGGAAAAAUUCUAGUAUCACCAUAUCCAAAGAAGAAGCCAUUCAAAAAUUAAAAGUAUUCGAACAGAAAAUCAAAAAUGGAGAAACCUCUUUAUCAGAAUUAGCUAAAACUGAGUCUGAUUGUGGUUCUCAUUUAAAAGGUGGCGAUUUGGGAUUUUUUACCAGAGGAAUGAUGCAACCUUCUUUUGAAAAAGCUGCUUUCGCUUUACAUGUUGGGGAGAUUAGUGGAAUCGUUGAAAGUAAUAGUGGAGUUCAUUUAAUUGAAAGAGUUGCUUAAUUUUUAUCUUAAAUUCUCAAAAAGCUAAAGCAUCAAGUAUCUGAAAGAAGAAUAUAUAAAUUAUUUCUUUUUUUUUUCCUAUUUGUUUUUUUUUCCUAUUUGUUUUUUUU